UCCAGCGCGCAGACGCGGCGGUGGCGGAGAUCGGGCGGAGUCAGCGCUCGGAUCGUCUCCUCUCGUCUCUUCCUGUCCCGUCCGGAGCCGCAGUCGCAGCCGCAGCCGCAUCGGCCCCAUCUUAACAUCACCGGCUGCAAGAGGACGAGCAGGAACAGGGUGGAGAGUGUUGGCCGGAGACCUGACGCCGGAGGAGGGAAGCAUUGCCAGUGUUAACCGUGCCAGUGCCGACUCUACCGACGUAGAUCUGUGCAGUGAGGAGUGCCGAGGUGUCCCGCACCACCCUGGGCCAGGGCGUUGACUCCGCUUGGAGCCGCUGGCGAUACUCUUGCAGAGAAGGAAGGAUGCAAGGACAGGCGGCUGGGACAGUCUGCAUCUAGAACGGCCCUUCUACACGUCCCGCAGUGUAGGGGCUGCUCCUGGUGCUGGACACCUGGCACAAUAAACGUUUGGUGCCCAGUUCUGGGCUGCAGCCGUGCUGACCGCUGCCUGCCGCGCGAGGCUCGGGGACCUGUCCACACCACCCCACCUUGACAUCCCGCCCUGCCUAUCUCAGCAUGCUAUCCCCGGGUGGGGGCGGUCAAGGGCACGCCCAGGCCCGUUAAUGCUUCACCCUGAACCCUGGCAGCGGUGGCAAUGCUCACAGUCUCCCCGUAAUACCCUCCCCUGACCCACCAGGCCUGGGACAGUGACCCCUCGGCACCUCCCUUCCCCUGUUUGGGUUGACUCUCUCUGUCUCUUUCACUCACACACACACACAUACAAAGACACACAGACAGAAACACGGAGACACACACACAGGUACAGAUACAUAGGCACAGACAGACACAUACACACACAGACACACACACACAGAUACAGGCAGACACACACACACGCACACACACAGAUAGAGGCUGACACACUCAUACAGACACACCCACAGAUACAGGCAGACACACACACACACACUCACACACACGCACACACAGAUAGAGGCAGACACACUCAUACAGACACACCCACAUAUACAGGCAGACACACACUCAUACUCACACAUACACACACACAGAAAGAGGCAGUCACACCUACACACAUCCUCCACACUCUGGCAGAGGGGGCAGGAGGGAGGCAUGGUUGACUUUGCGCUGACGGUUUGACGGGACCCUCUGGCUAUGUGAGGGUGGGCUGAGCUGGGUGAGCGUGCCCAGGCAGCAGCUCGGGGUUAGUCACCGGCCGCCCCCCGUGCCUGGGCUGGGUGGGGGGGGGGGGGCAGAGCCGGCCAUGGCGGAGCACAGUGAGCUGCUGGCGGAAAUGCCACUGGUGGGCCGAAUGACCACACACGAGCGGCUCCGGCAUGCCCACAAGAGGCGCGGGCAGCAGCUGAAGAAGUGGGCGCAGUGCGAGAAGGAGGCGCAGGGCAAGAGAGCCAAGCUGCGCAGGAAGAGCGGCAACCGCCCCACAAAGAGGAUCCGCUUCCCCGACAACGUGCGGCUGCUGGAAGCAGCGUCUCGCAAUGACGCCCAGGAAGUUGGGCAAUUAUUGCAGGAAGGAAUAUCCGCGGACUUGUACAAUGAGGAUGGUUUGACUGCACUGCAUCAGUGCUGCAUCGAUGACUAUGCAGAGGUGGUGACGCUGCUGCUGGAGGGCGGAGGCACGGUGAACGCAUGCGACAGUGAGCUUUGGACCCCGCUGCACGCGGCGGCCACCUGCGGUCACCUGCACCUGGUGCAGCAACUCAUACAACAUGGUGCUGACCUGAUGGCCGUGAACGCAGACGGGAACAUGCCCUAUGACCUGUGUGAGGACGAGGUGACCUUGGAGUGCCUGGAGACCGCCAUGGCCCAGCAAGGUGUGACUCAGGAAAAGAUUGAUGAGUCCCGGAUGGCCACGGAGAGGUUGAUGGUUGAGGAUAUCGGGAAGCUGGUGGAGGCGAAGUCCGACUUGAACAGCCAGAAUGAAGUUGGUGCUUGCCUGCUCCACGUGGCCACGGCCAACGGCUUCUCGGAGGCGGCGGAGCUGCUGCUGACACACAAGGCCAGGGUGGACGUGAAGGACAGCGAUGGCUGGGAGCCCCUGCACGCAGCAGCCUGCUGGGGUCAGGUACACAUGGUGGAAAUGCUGGUGGGUCACGGUGCCAACCUCAACGCCAGGUCCUUCUUGGACGAGACUCCGUUAGAUGUGUGUGGGGACGAGGAUGUUAGGACCAAGCUGCUGGAGCUGAAACACCAGCGGGAUGCGGUGCUGAGGUCCCAGGACAGGCACCGGAGCGCCCUGCAGCGUCGAACGUCCAGCGCCGGCAGCAGAGGGAAGGUGGUGCGUAAGGUGAGCGUGACGGAACGCAGUAACCUGUACAGGAGGGAGCACCGGGACGAGGCCCGGGCCUGGCACCAGGCUGUGGGCACCACCCCCGACGAUGAGCCCGAGCCCAACAUCCCCCCUGCCCGGCACCUCAUGGCGGCCGUGCCCCAGGGAUCGGAGGUGGAGGAGGCCAGUGUCGGUAGCAGUGGCUGGGCGGGGGGCGAACCCCCCCUGCUGAAUGGAGCGGCACCGGGGGCGGGGGAGGGGCAGGGAGAGGGGACGCCUGCCCCCCUGGAGUCGGGGUUAUGUCAGGGUUCGGGGGAGCUGGCCCGCGACCUGUCCCAUCACACUCUGGCCGACCUCAAGAGGCAGCGCGCAGCCUCCAAGCUGCAGCGGGGGAUCCCGGGGGAGGAGCUCCCCAUCGGGGGUGGUCCGGACACCACCCCGUCCCACCCCCCCUCCGUCUACUGCACCCCCGCCAGCGGCGACCCCCCCCUGGUCCGCUUCAAGGAGCCGGUGGAGGAGGCACCCAGUGAGAAAUCCCACAGGUGCUGCCGGAUGAUGUGAGGGGAGGGGGUGGGAGGGGAGGAAGGAGCACCCAGAUGUGGGGCCGGGCAGACACCAUAGCCCCCACCCCUGAACUUGGCCCCUGCUCACUGCCUCCCCCAUCGUUGAUGGAGCCAAUGAUUCACAGAACCAGCGCCCCUCGUCUCCAGUCGGGACGUCCCAUACAGCGAUGGGAACACGGGAGCCGGGACUGGGACAGGAGCAGCAUUCACAUCACCAGCAGUGCCCAAUGGGGGCACAAGCAUCCCCCUCCCAGUGAGGGAAACUCACCAGCCUUCCCUGUCAGAAGCUCAGACACGAGGUUUCUGCUGUUCAACGGACAUCCUGGAGAUUCCUGAUCCCAGGAGCGUGUGACGGGACAGUGUAGAGGGGGCCUCACUCUGUGUCUGACCCCAGGGAGUGUGUGAUCAACUUAAGCCGGAAUGAGAGUUGUUCCAGUCGCCAGAAUCCUUAGUGUACUUCUGAGCAGAAAUAAUUUGUCUUAAUCAUGUCAAAAGAUAAAUAAAUGUAAUAUAUUCUGAUGUA